AUGGCGGCCAAGAAGAUCAUCACCGUGUUCGGCGCGACUGGUGCCCAGGGCGGCAGCGUCGUCAACAUCUUUCUCAACGACUCCAAGCUCAAGGCGGACUGGGCCGUCCGCGGCGUCACCCGCGACACGACCAAGGACUCCUCCAAGGCUUUGGCGGCCAAGGGCGUCGAGGUUGUCAGUGCCGAUCUGAGUGACAAGUCGUCACUGGCAGCCGCAGUGAAGGGCGCCACGGCCGUCUUCGCGGUGACCAACUACUGGGACAAGCUGGAUAAGGAUCUGGAGACCCGGCAAGGCAAGGACAUUGCCGAUGUUUCUCAGGAGGCCGGCGUUAAGCACUUCAUCUUCAGCUCCCUGCUCGACAUCAACAAACUUUCCAAGGGCAAGCUCCCCGACGUCUACCACUUCGACAGCAAGGCCGCCGCCGAGGAAUACAUUCGCACGCUCCCUCUCCCAUCGACCUUUUUCCUGCCGGGCUUCUACAUGUCCAACCUCCCGGGCGGCAUGUUCCGCCCGACGCCCCCGGACAACGCGUGGGCCCUGAACCUGCCGAUCCCGGCUUCGGCCCCGAUGCCCCUCUUCGACGCGUCGGCCGACACGGGCAAGUUCGUCAAGGCCAUCGUGCUGAACCGCGACAAGCUCCUCGGCAAGCGGGUGCUGGGCGCGACCGAGUACGUGACGACGGGCGAGGCGGUCGAGACGUUCAAGAGGGUGUACCCGGAGGCCGGCAAGAACGCCAAGUACAACGAGAUCCCGCACGACGCGUUUCGCGGCGCGCUCAAGGGCAUGGGCAUGCCGGACUUCGCGGCGGAGGAGAUGCUGCAGAACAUGCGGCUGCUGGACGAGUUCGGGUACUUUGGCGGCGAGAAGCUGGACGAGUCCCAUGCGCUUGUCGAGGACAAGCUGACGACAUGGGAGGAGCACGUGAAGAACGCCAAGGCUUUCGCUGGGCUGAAGUGA